CUGGAUGAAGAAGCCUCGAUGUGGUGUGCCUGACCAAACAAGAGGUAGCUCAAAAUUUAACAUUCGUCGGAAACGCUACGCGUUAACAGGACAGAAAUGGCAGCACAAACAUAUCACUUACAGCAUAAAGAACGUCACUCCAAAAGUAGGUGAUGCUGAAACUCGUAAAGCCAUUCGCCGUGCCUUCGAUGUGUGGCAGAAUGUAACUCCUCUAACAUUUGAAGAAGUUCCUUAUAUUGAAUUAGAAAAUGGCAAGAGAGACGUGGAUAUUACAAUCAUUUUUGCAUCAGGGUUUCAUGGAGACAGUUCUCCCUUUGAUGGGGAGGGAGGAUUUUUGGCUCAUGCGUAUUUCCCUGGGCCAGGAAUUGGAGGAGACACUCAUUUUGACUCAGAUGAGCCAUGGACUUUGGGAAAUCCCAAUCAUGAUGGUAACGAUCUCUUUCUAGUUGCAGUGCAUGAACUGGGACAUGCUCUGGGCUUGGAGCACUCUAAUGAUCCCACUGCAAUCAUGGCUCCAUUUUACCAGUAUAUGGAAACUGACAACUUCAAACUACCUAAUGAUGAUUUACAGGGCAUCCAGAAGAUAUAUGGUCCACCUGAUAGGAUCCCACCACCAACAAGACCUCUACCCACAGUGCCCCCACAUCGUUCAGUCCCUCCAGCAGACCCACGAAAGAAUGACAGGCAACCUAAACCUCCCCGGCCACCCACUGGUGACAAACCUUCCUAUCCCGGAGCCAAGCCUAACAUCUGUGAUGGGAACUUCAACACUCUGGCUAUUCUUCGCCGGGAAAUGUUUGUUUUCAAG